UGUAAAGCCAACUGGCCAACAGAUUCGAAUAAAAUUACUGAUUUCAGAAGCCCCCUCUGUACUUCUGUACUUAUGCAUAAAAUUACAUUGUUUAGAAACAAUAGCCAAACUGAAAAUAUUUCCAAUUAGCAUUAUCAGACUUAGUUGAAGUGUGAAGAAGUAAUGUUUUAGAAAAUGUCUCAACCACAAUUGGCACAACUCGAUUCAAAUGGAGCCGUAAUUUCAGUUCUAACAAACCCGCUUAUAACUAUUAUUUUAGGCGUAGCAGCAAUUUUAAGCAUAUAUCAGUAUUGGUUUCAUAGUCAACGUUAUGUUAAAUUAGGAAAUCAAUUGCCAGGUCCAAGCACAAUACCCAUAUUGGGCAAUGCUCACAUGGUAUUAGGUUUAUCAGCAUCAGGUAUUUUUGAUCUAGUCGUCAGAGUAUAUCAUGAGUUGAAUUGUGAAGUGGCAAGGCUAUGGCUCGGUCCGCGUCUAAUUGUUGGUAUUGGGAAUGCCGAAGAUGCAGAGGUUAUAUUAGGAAGUAAUGUUCAUUUAGAAAAAUCGCCCGACUACAAACUUUUUAAACCUUGGCUAGGAGAUGGACUCUUAAUUAGUAAAGGAGAAAAAUGGAAGUCUCACAGAAAAAUGAUCGCUCCCACAUUUCAUUCUAGUAUUCUAAAAUCAUUUAUGCCAGUUUUUAACAAAAAUGCAAACAAUUUGGUAAAACAAUUUAAAAAUCAUGAAGGAAAUAUUUUUGACUGUCACGAUUACUUGAGUAGUGCAACUGUAGACACGCUUUUGGAAACUGCAAUGGGUGUCAAUAAAACAAAUGAAGAAAACACAGGUUACGAUUAUGCUAUGGCAGUUAUGCGUAUGUGUAAUAUUCUUCAUUUGAGGCAUUUAAAAUUUUGGUUAAGACCAGAUUUUAUAUUCAACUUAACUAAAAUGAGCUCUUUGCAAGUAUCCCUCCUAGAAAUCAUCCACGACCUGACGAAGAAGGUUAUCAAAAGGAAAAAGGAAGACUACUUUGACAGAGCAGCUAAAGGUGAAUCAAGUUUAUAUACAGAGGCAGUAAAAACUAAAUUUGAUGAAACGAAAGGGCACAUUAUUGAAAAUUCGAUUAUGAAUAAUUACAUAAGAGAUGAUUUAGAUGAAAACGAUGAAAAUGAUGUUGGAGAGAAAAAGAGAUUGGCUUUUCUCGAUUUCCUUAUAGAAGCUAGUCAAACCAGAGGAAAUAACCUUAGUGAUGAAGAAAUAAAAGAAGAAGUAAAUACUAUAAUGUUUGAGGGUCACGACACUACAGCUGCGGCUUCCAGCUUCGUCCUCUGUCUACUUGGGAUCCACAAAGAUAUUCAGAAAAAAGUGUAUGAAGAAUUAAAACAAAUUUUUCAAGACAAUAUGGACAGAUCUGUUACAUUUAAUGAUACAACCCAAAUGAAAUAUUUGGAAAGGGUUAUUCUGGAAACUUUAAGACUGUAUCCACCAGUGCCAGUAAUUGCUAGAAAAGUUAAUGAAGAUGUUAAGUUGGUUUCUGGAGAUUACACUAUUCCUAAAGGCACAACCGUAAUUAUAGCACAACUGCUUAUUCAUCGUAACGAAAGAUACUGGAAAAAUCCAGAAACAUUCAAUCCAGAUAAUUUCCUUCCAGAAAAUUGUCAAGAGAGACCGUACUACGCUUAUGUACCUUUUAGUGCAGGUUCACGUAGCUGUGUUGGAAGAAAAUAUGCAAUGUUAAAACUAAAAGUUUUACUGGCUGGAAUAAUUCGCAAAUUUGAAAUUAUAUCAUUGGAUAAGGAAGCCGAUUUCAAACUACAAGGUGAUAUAAUUUUGAAGAGAGAAGAAGGUUUUAAAAUAAAAGUUAUCGAAAGAGCGUAAAUUAAUACUUAUUUAUAUUAUGAUUAGCGACAACCUAACUGUUUAUAUUCUUCAUAGUUUUUAAAUGCAAAUAAUUAUCGUAACAUAAAAUAUAUUGUUAACAAAAAUCAUAAAAUUAUACUUACUAACAAAAAAAGCCUUAUUUAUAUAGGUAGAGGUAGUUUUAUUAUGUUAUUAAAAAUAUUGUAUUUAGAGUUUUCUUUUUUUUUAAGUUAUAUUAAGGACAGAGUCUCCAAAAGAUUUGCGGUCGAAUUAUGUACUGCGGGACUGCCUAACCAGUAGUGCCUGUAGUCAAAUAUUUGGUAAAAUAAUCUACUCGACAAAUAUGUUAUUGUUAUUUGCUACUCACGGAGUUCUUAGCUUAGAAUAAUUUUUAUCUGCAUACGGAAACGAGGGAAGAUCAAUAUUUUAGUACAAAAAAAUAAUAUAGUUAUAUUAUUUAAAUAGUAAUUACAAAGCAAUAAGUAAUUAUAUAAUUAUUUUUUAAAUUUUUUAAAAACGAGUUUUUUAUUUGUAUUUAUUAAUUCUAUAUACCUACAUACCGAUUGCUAGAUCCAUGUUUUCAAAAAAAAGAUAAAUUUCAUUUUUUAAAAUACGGAGAAAAUUUCACCUACAAUUAAAUGACCGAUUUUUUACUUUAGCUGAAAACGAAAUAUUUAGAUUUAUAAAACUGAUGUAUACAGGGUGUCAUUGAAAUAGUGUAAAAAAUUGGGGAGGUGAUAGUACUCCAAAAACUAGUAAAAAAAGUUCCUAUAACUAUGGGUAGUUAAAUACAUAUUAAGGGAUUUAGGGGCGUCAAA